GCCGGUUGUUUAAGCGCUGCAGGAUAUUUUUACAAAAUUUGCAAAUUAAGACCCGCUUCACAGAGCUGUUUUUGUUUUAAUGAAAUUAUUUUAUUCAUGGUUAAUGUGUGAGCAGCCUUGAGGUCGGCGAAUUGCGGGCGGUGAAUACACGGAAAAAUGGCGGAGAAUUUCCUGAAAACAGGGUGUAUUUCGAUGCAAAUCAACCGAGCUGAGCUUCAGAAGGUUCGAGUAAAGCUCUCCCGGGAUGCUUUGACCAUUCAAAAGGAAGGAACUGGCAGUGUUUCCCCUUCUUCUUCUUCUCCAGUUAACCAGCCUGAGAGCACAAAUGGCAAAGCUGAGUCCCCAACAUGGAAGAGAUCCCCAUUCACUAGCACAAAUGGUGAAGCUUCCUCUUCUACUCAAAAGAAGCCAACACCCCCCAUAGGGGAAAGAAAAGUGAAGCUCACCAAGAGAAAAGUAGGGGGACUGGGAAUGAGUAUUAAGGGAGGACGAGAGAGUAAUCUUCCAAUAGCUAUCUCAAAAAUAUACAAAGAUCAAGCAGCUUAUGAAACAGGUCAACUUCAUGAAGGUGAUAUUAUACUUGAGGUUAAUGGACAAGACAUAAGAAGAGCCACACAUGACGAGGCAGUAGCUGUGCUUAAAAAGGGAGGUUCAGAGAUUGAACUAACUGUCAUUCACUCUUCUUCCCAUUCAUCAGUUAAUGACAGUGAAAUGACAGCAGGAACAACUUCUGAAGUGAGUCAGUCCAGUGUAUCAAAACAAGCAAAUGGAAUUGUUAGAAGUGUUGAAGAGUCAUCAAGUGAUGCUGAAUGUAGAGAGAACAGCAGUCAAAAGUCGUCUGAAGUUGGAGAAACAGAUUCUAACUCAUCUCUUCAGAGCUGGACAGAUAACAUUGUUCUUCCUCUGACAUUUGCUUCAGUGUCAAGAUACAAGUCAGGGGAAGACACAUUAAGGAGCAAUGCAUUUGAAGUCAGCUCAAUGGAUGGUGGUGCUUCAGUUGUGCUUUACAGUGAGAAUAAAGUGGAACUGUUGUCUUGGUACUCAGCAAUCAAAGACAGAGUGGUUCUGUUGUUGGAACAAGCUAUGAACUUGUCCAGUGCAUCUUUACCAUCCUCUGAGCAAGUGAUACACAUGGGUUGGAUAUGGGAAAGACUUAGGUCUACAAAUCACUGGAAUGUCUGGAAAAGAAAGUUUUUAACAGUUAAAGGCUCUGAACUACAAAUAUUUGAAAUGCCACCAGUUGCCACAAGAGACUGGCUCAAAAGUGAAGUGUCCUACAACUUAAUGGAAAUAGUUUGUCAUACAUGUAAGGAAGAUGAACAAGUGGACAAGAGAGAUAACUGUUUUACUGUCCAGUCCUGUUCUGGUGGCAGUCACUAUCUUGCAGUUGACACAGAAGCAGAUUUGACAGAGAUUGUCAACCGAGUGCAGGAGGCCACUCAUCAGGCUGUUGUACAAAUUGAGUCACGAUCAUUUCCAGGAAAGUGGCGUGGACAGAGUGUGAAGCUUGUGUUGGACCUGAAAAGAGGACUGCGACUAUACAGUGGAACAGAUCGGUCUCUUCUGUGGCAGUAUCGGUUCUCAUUUCUCCGUGGUUCUUCAGAUGAUGGAUCUCGUAAGAUUGUUUUGUUGUUUUCUCAGUCACCAGCUGGUCCCUUUGAUCGACAGGAAUUAGAGUUCACUAAUAUGCAACAGGUUUUGACAGUGAUGCACGCAUUCUACGCUGCAAAAGUUGCACAAGUUGAUCCAAACUUCUCUUUUGACAACAGUUUUUGAGUAACAUACUCUCCAGAGAUGGAUUUCAACAAAUCACACUUCAAUAUUGAUGACAAGAGCUGACUCUUUUUCUCACAUAUCAUCACUUGGAAAAGG